AUGUGGAACAGAGGGUACCUCGAGUUUACUCCGUUGAACACAAGUCCACAUGAAGCACGCCUGCUCAGACUAUAUCCUACCGAUGACGUUACCGAACAUGUCCGUUGCGAUUUCAAGACAUUUGCACUGACAAACAUGCCCUUGUUUGUCGCCAUCGAGAAUGCAAGAGGAUACCGGAAGUUCCUAGAGCUUGUGGAAGUAGAAGGUCGAGCUCUCUUCAUUUCCUGUGCUUUGGAACGCUUUCUCCGAUACUUGCGAACCAAAAUCAAAACACCAACGCGCCUCUGGGUUCGAUAUGCUUGUGUGAUACAGGUUGAUCCUCAGAAGCAAGAAGCGUACUGGACACGAAAAUACAGCGGCAAAAUGUAUGCCAUGGCCUCUCAAGUAUUUGACAUGCACCAGAUCAAUAAUCGUCUCAUCGAGAAUGGCUCUUUUGAAAGAAUUAUCGACUUACGGUUUGCUGAAUGGAAGAAAGGGUGGUGA